CUCUUAGACUUCUGAGCGCGCCAGGCUUCUGGAAGCUAGAGAACCAACCUCUGCAACAGGCGUGGGCGGAAGGCGGAGCCCCGCGAAACGACUUCUCCGCUGAGAGGCCCAGCAGACCCUGCAGAGGACCCCUGCCUCGCUGGCUCUGCCCCUCUAACGCUGGUGAUAGAAAUACGCUGCUGCGUCUGUUGCUGGCCACUGAGCUCGAACAGAUCCUACCUAGACUUGACUGACCCCCCCAGACCCAGCGGACCUACCUACCCGUGCUUGGUGCCAAUGGCUGACGGACUCUUUCAGCGCAAGCCCUGGGGCGUGGAGCAGAUGCGCCCCGACUCAGACGCUGAGUCCAAGGACCUGUUUGACAAGCCUCCCCUCGAAGAGCCCUGCGCGCCCCGGUCGGGGUCGGCCGCGGGCAAAAAGGCCGGUCGGCGCGCGGGCGGGAAGGCACAGGGAGCCCGCGUCGGGCCGCCCCCGAGGGCCGCUGCGAGCACCCCACCGGAAGAGGAGACGCCUCCGCUGGACGAGGGCUGCUACCUCGAUCAUUUCCCGCACCUCUCCAUCUUUAUCUACGCGGCCAUCGCCUUCUCUAUCACCUCCUGCAUCUUUACCUAUAUCCACUUACAGCUUGCCUGAGUGGCCAGGGCAGGAUGGGGUGGGCGCAGGGCCGACGGGGGAGGAAGGAUAAAAGAAGGGCUCAGUAUUUUUGCUUUGGAGAGGCGCUGCACCCCCUUAGUCUAUCUUUCGAUGCUGUUUCUUUUCUUCUAUGUCGUCGCUCGAUCUAAAUUGUCCAACCGUUAAAAAGUCCAAAGUACUGUACCUGUCAGAAAAAAAUUAACAGUGCUCUUUGCACCUACAGGUAGGGGUCGGGGACACAGACCUAACGUUUAGAAAACCGGGGUGUGAUUGAAUCUCGUUCACAAUCAAGGUUUUGUCUCUGUACGCUUUCUUCGCGAUGUGGGGACAUGCGCAGCUGAGAGCCCAGCAUCUCGUGUUUGGGAAGCGCAGAGCAAGCCCAGCCUUCUGUUCGUUAAGGGAUGAGUCAGACCUGGACCCCCCACCUUCCAGAGAAGGUCCUACGGGGAAGGUCGGCGCUCUGGAGCCCUGUGAUGCUGCAUUGCCCCAGGAGGCGCUGUGCUCGGAGCUGCCGAGCGCGGGGAGCAGGAAGGCCUGGUCACGCAGCGGGCUCUGCUGAGGCUGGGCAAGGUGAGUGGCGUGAGUGCUUCGCCCCCCAGGUCUUUGAGCUUGACCCAGACUGUGCGCAUUUUCUUGCCUUAGCCUUUGUUGUCGCUGCCAGAAGAGAUGUCCUCUCAGCCACGCCCAGGACGUGUCCCGACCGCGUGGAACCUGCAGCUGCAGACUUCCAGGGACACAGGCCGAGCUCGCAUGCUCCACUGGGAAACUCUCGGGGCCCUGGCUGGGGUCCGUGGGAGGGCUGUACCUGGGGCUGGGGCCCUUCUGGAGCUUGGAGAACCAACAUGAAGAGGUCCAGGGAUAUCAAUAGCAAGAGUUCCUGCCGGGGGUGUCAUCUCAGAUGUAAAAGGACUAAUGGGAGAACCCACCUGCCUUGUUUACUCAUGAAUGUCAAAUGUCCAAAUGUGGCGCUUUAAUACUGCAUAUAUCUUAAGGAAAUGCCUAUAAUUGUGUUAUCUCUAGUAGAGUAAAGUACCUUUUAAAUCUC